UUUUUUUUUUAGGUUGCGCUCGCGCUCUCUCGCUCUCUCUCCCUCUGCCCUCUCCCUCUCCCUCUCCGCCGUCGCUUAUUGCGGCUGUUAAAUUUUAAACUGCUAUGCACUCCGCUUCCAGUAUGCUGGGAGUCGUGAAAAUGGAAGGACACGAGCACACGGAGUGGAGCAACUACUACGGCGAGCCAGAGGGCUACUCCUCCAUGAAUGCCGGCUUGGGCAUGAACAGCUACAUGGCCAUGCCCGCCAUGGGCAGCGCCGGCAACCUCUCGACUGUGGCGUCCGGCGGCUCCAUGGGCAUGUCUUACGCGGCUGGCCCGGCGGGCAUGAACCUGUCUCCCGGCGCAGGGGCUAUGGCCGGCAUGGCGGCCCACCUGAGCCCCAGCUUGAGCCCGCUGGGCGCCCAGGCGGGCUCCAUGGGGGCCGCGUUGGGCGCCUACUCUGCCCUGAGCCCGGUGGGGGCCGGCGGCGGCGGCGGCGGCUACGGGCCAGCGGCGGGUCUGGGCCGCGCCCGCGACGCCAAGAGCUACCGCCGGAGCUACACGCACGCCAAGCCUCCCUACUCGUACAUCUCUCUCAUCACCAUGGCCAUCCAGCAGUCUCCCAACAAGAUGCUGACGCUGAGCGAGAUCUACCAGUGGAUCAUGGACCUCUUUCCCUUCUACCGACAGAACCAGCAGCGCUGGCAGAACUCCAUCCGCCACUCGCUCUCCUUCAACGACUGCUUCCUCAAGGUGCCGCGCUCGCCAGACAAGCCGGGCAAGGGCUCCUUCUGGACCCUGCACCCCGAUUCGGGCAACAUGUUCGAGAACGGCUGCUACCUGCGCCGCCAGAAGCGCUUCAAGUGCGAGAAACCGCCCGGCGCCAAGCAGCAGCAGCAGCAACAACAGGGGGGCUCGCCGACCUCGGGCCCCGGCAAAAAGGCGCUCCCGCAGGCGGAGCGCGAGGGGCCCAACGGAGCCUCGGAAUCGCCGCGCUCCAAUGCCUCGCCUUGCCGAGAGCACAAGCGCUCUUUGGCCGAGCUCAAGGGCCAGCCGGAGCCCGCCCCGUCGCCGGCCCAGCAGCAGCACCUGCUGGCUCAGCAUCACGCCCACCCGGGGCUCUCCCACGAGGCCCACCUCAAGGCCGAGCAUCACUACGCCUUCAACCACCCCUUCUCCAUCACUAACCUGAUGUCCUCCAGCGAGCAGCAGCAGCAGCAGCAUCAACAGCAGCACGCCCACCAUCCCCCCCCCCACCAUCAACACUCCCACCACCCUCAUCCUCCCCACCCCAAAAUGGACCUGAAGGCCUACGAGCAAGUGAUGCACUACGCCGGUUAUGGCUCGCCGGUGCCCGGCAGCUUGGCCAUGGGCUCCGUCACGAACAAAAGCGGCCUCGAGGCUUCGCCCUUGGCCGGAGAUGCCUCCUAUUAUCAAGGGAUGUACUCUAGGCCCAUUAUGAACUCGUCCUAAAGAAAAAACCCAGCCCUCUCCUUUCCGACCGCCAAAACCGAGACUUUGUGGGGCGGGAGAAAAGUUCCGUAGAGUUUGGAAAGUCUGAACCUUGUGCCCAAAGCUACCCUGCCCCCUUGACCCAAUACCCACAGAAAGAGACCCCGUCCAGGGAAGGUCCAAAGCUCCUCUAAAUAACGUUGGACAAUUUCAACCCCCGAUUUUUGGAUGAGCGCUCAAGGUUCUUUCCCAUCUGUCUUUGGGGGACGGGGGGCGAGCGCAGAACUGGGAACCUGGCACUCAUGCCCUCUACCAAUUGGAAUGGGGCACCAAAUAUUUAGGUACUUUUUCCGCUGUUGUAUGAUUUUAAGCGCCCGCCGAAGGAGGGAGGGGAGGGGAGCGUGGAGGGGCUCAUUGACUCCAAGGACCGUCAGGAGUGGAAACUGCCCCUGCUGCGGAUCCGGCUCGUGACCAUGCUCAGUUUCCUUCAGACAGCCGUUUAACUUUCCUUUGAAUCAUAAAGAUUUUUUUAAGGCGUUAAAAAGUGACCCUAGGUAUGUUUGUUAUUUUGGGUUAGGAAGUUACAAAUAUAUCUAUUUUUGGAUGUGGAAGUGACACAGAAGUAUGUGUGUGCGUGUGUGAACUGAUGUUAGAUUUGAAAACUGAGGAUCAAAGAUACUGUAGCAUUAUGAAAUCGAAAAAAGGGGGGAAAAGAAAAGAAGAGAGACUUUAGAUUGUAAUUGGCACACACAGGUUUGAAUCAAAUUAAUUUAUCGUUUCUGUACGUUUUAUUUAUGGCUUAUAAAUGUGUAUUCUGGUAACGACCAGUCAAAUUCCCACAAACCAAUAUUAAAAUGAUGUUGGAUAUUU